CACAGCCUUGUUUGCUGGAUAUGGGAGGACCCAGAGCACCAGUGAUGCCCCAGCAUCGUCCCCUGCCCUGGCCAGUGACCACUGUUAAACCAGACAGGCAAGAGGCAGCUGUGGUGAGGCAGUCAGGAGGGAGUGCAGGACCAUGGCAACCUAUGUGCAGCUAAACACCUCUGCCAAGAUGCCCCUCGUGGGGCUGGGCACCUGGAAGUCUGCAGCUGGGCAGGCAAAAGCUGCAGUGAUGGCUGCCAUCGAUGUUGGGUACCGCCACUUUGACUGUGCCUAUGCCUACCUGAAUAAGAGUGAGAUUGGGGAGGGGAUCCAGCAGAAAAUCCAGGAAGGUGCUGUGAAAAGAGAAGAUCUCUUCAUUGUCAGCAAGCUGUGGUGCACCUUUCACGAGAAGCCCCUGGUGAAGGGAGCCUGCCAGAAGAGUCUUGCCAAGCUGAAGUUGGAUUACCUGGAUCUCUACCUCAUGCACUGGCCUUUUGGCUACAAGGCUGGAGAGGAAUUGUUUCCCAAAGAUGACAAAGGCAUGGCCAUACCCAGCAACAGUGAUCUUCUACAGACAUGGGAGGCCAUGGAGGAGCUGGUGGACUGUGGACUGGUAAAAGCCAUUGGCGUCUCCAACUUCAACCACGAUCAGAUUGAAAGAAUCUUGAACAAACCAGGACUGAAGCACAAGCCUGCAAACAUCCAGGGCUAAGCCUGGGGAUCCUUCCUUGCUGGAUGACCCCAAGAUUAAAGAGAUUGCAGCCAAGCACAACAAAACUCCAGCACAGGU